AUGUUAAGUGAAACAACUCGAAAUAAUUCUAUUUUACCUGAGGAAUCGACGAAGAUUUUAAUGCAACCUUCAAGAAUUCCAAAUAAUUCAGCAAUUACCUCAACGCCUCAGCAAAAUAAUGGUGCAGACAUGUCAGCAAUUAAUACACAAACUGUUACAAAGAAGAGAACACGCCAACAAACUGUCACUGUCGAAAAUGCUUUUCCUUCCAAGGACAUUGAAAAUAUUUUUAAUCGAAUUCAAAGCUCACCUGCUUCUGAAAAUCAAAUGAUGGAACUUCAACGACAAGUCCAAAUGUUUUUUAUUCAAAAAGAGCGUGAAUGGGAGAAUAAACUUUCUCAAAGUAAGCCACCAGACAACGAAGAAUUAGCUUUAUCCAAAAUUAAAUUGAAAAGUGGACAGGCUAUGAUUUCUAGAAUUGAAAACUUCAACAAAAUACUGAAAUCGAAAGGUCAACUCCUUGCUCGUUUAAGUAAUUCAAAUUCUUUCUUUAAUGGCCAAAAUUCUGUUGAUGAUGCUGGUGCUGGGACUCCUCGAAACGGUUAUCCCUUAUCACCUGGUCAAGUGGACGAUCUGACAAGAGAAAGGAAUUCUUUACGUGAAGAUGUUGCAACAUUGGAAAGUAAUUAUGCUGAUUUGUUUAAACGUUAUGAAAAAAUGCGAGAAAAUUGUGUUCUUCUAAAAAAUAGUGAAGAGGAAUUAAAAAAUGCUCAAGUUGAGGAAGCUACAAAAUAUGAAAAUCUUUUGGGUAAAUAUAAAGAAUUGAGAGAUACUGCGGAUUUUCAAUUAAAUCAAGCAAAUCUAGAAAUUCAAAGAAUUAUAAAACAGCACGAAGAAAAUACUUUGGGGCUUAGAUGUCGUUUAAAAAUGAAUGAGACACAAAUACAAACGUUGAAUUUGACAAUACAAGGGAAGGAUAAACAAAUUGAUGAAUUAAAUAAAAUGGUUGAGGAGCUUAUGGAAAAGAAUGGAAUUGCUGGGGACGGGGAUGACCCUGAAGACGGGGAAAGUAUGAUUUUUACUCCUGGUUAUGAAUGA